GGCGCUCUCGGUGGGGCGGGUCUCGGCCUCCGGGCUGGCGGGCGGCGGCGGCGGCGGGGGGAUGCGGUGCUGGCCGCGCCCGGGGCACUGGCACUGAGCGGCGGGCGCUGGGCUGCAGCCGGCCGGUCCCGGGGCCGGCAGGAUGGGCUGCGGGGGGAGCCGAGCCGAUGCCAUCGAGCCGCGCUACUACGAGAGCUGGACCCGCGAGACCGAGUCCACCUGGCUGACGAACACCGACACCGAGCCUCCGCCGCCGGCCUGCGGCCACGAGAGCGCCCGCGCCGAGGCCGGACUGCGGGAGCAGGGCGCGCCGCACCCGGGUAUGCUGGAGGAUGAAAAAUCAACUCAGACCUGUGUUACCAUGUCCUCGACUACAAGUGGAAUAAUUAACACUGAGAAGAAAACUAGCUGUGGUACUCAAUGCACAAAACCUGCAGUCCAUGCCUCUGGAACUAUGACACAGAAACACAAUAACUUCAGAACAGCAGAGGCUAAAUGGGACACCAAGAAAAUGCCCACAAAAGAAGUCACCAUUAAUGUUACAAAAAGCAUCAGACAAAUUGACAGUGACAGAAGAAUCAGAAAGAAUUGUGUCAAUUAAAGGAGUAAAGCAAAAGCGAAGAUGGACCUAACAAUACUUUGCUGCACUUUAACUGUGACUGAUCACUUAAGAUUUGAAGAUCUCAAGAUGUUCUGUGUUGAAUGCAAUGGGCAGCGGCUGCUGAGUGCCUUGAGAAACGUUGUCUUAACUCGCAGUAAAUAGCUGCAAACACUGUUGGAUGUUCAGACAUGUAUUUAUCUAUUGCAAUGGCACUGUACAAAAAUAUAACAAAAUACGUACCAUUUUUCUCUCCAAGUCCGAUGCUAUCUAAUUGUAGAUUUUCUAUGCUGCAUUGCUGUUAGGAUGAGAUUUGACAAUUAGAGCUGCAGUUCAUCUCACUUUAAAACAGAGAAAGAAUAACUAAUCUGUGUUAUUAGUAAGUAGCCUGAAAUGUACUACUUUCUGUUUUACAAAGUUAAAGAUCUGACUUUCAUAAAAACUCAACCCCAGAUAUCUCAGAAGUAAAGAAACACAAAUGGCUUCCAAUUUUUGACUAUAUAUGUGAUCCGUGAGUCAUAUUGUCUUCUGGUUAAAUUACCUUGUUUUAAGUUAGUUUCUAUAUCAGAAGAGUUUAGGUCUUGAAGGAAAUAAUACUCAUGUUGUUACCAGUCUAAUGAAUCUGAAGUACCCAGUUUAAGCUCAUUGGUAGUGUUCAGUUUACAUUCUGUCUUGGCUCUUGCUCAAUUCUCCCUUCAGAAACUCCAAACUGAGAACUGUUUUACAAAUUUUGUAAGACACCCUUCACUUUCCAACUUUAUAUAUAAAUAAUCAGACUUUCCCAAAUAAUUUCUUAAUGCUGACAACUGCAAGAAGAUGGUCUAUAUUUGAUAAUUAAAUGUAAUUUAAUUUGGCUAUAUAUUCUUGUUCUUCCAAUAUAUAGAAAUGGGCAGAACAUACAUUUUAAUUGCAUUAUAUUGUGUCACUGUUCUGUAUAUUUAUCAUAAGUAUAUUCCCAAGAAAUCAAUGUAAACUUUUGUACAGACCACUAAUUAAUACAAGACCCUGUUAACAACAAAGUCAUGAGUUUGAUAUAAACCCACUGUGGUUUUGAAUUUGGACUUUUAUGGAGGUAAGAGCAGUAAAAUCAUUUGACUCACCCAUUAUACAGCUAUGAGCAACCUUAAGGUGUCAUUUACAGUAACUAUUCAGCUACCAUUAACGCUCAUGACUUAUAAUAGGUGGAAAUGGGCAGAAACUGAUCUAUGUCUGAGCUGCAUGAGGUGCUUCUUUUUUAUAGACGCAACC